AUGGGGAAGCUGCUUUUUUCCGGACAGCUACUUGCUGUGACGGUGGAUGAGACCAACAUCGCCGGCUUGCAGAUCAAAAAGGAGGCUCUCGAUUUCUUGCAAAGGUUACCGGAGCCUUUGCUCGUCGUGAGCGUACAUGGCCGUGGGAAUUGCGGCAAGACGGCGCUAAUACAGAGUCUUCUGGGGCUCGAAAAAGCGACUGAUACUGAAGGCGUAUGGCUUUAUGUUCAUCAUGCCAACUAUACCAACGCCAAGUACUUGGUUGUGCUGGAUCGACCGGAUUUUGGUGAAGACAAGAAAUUGGACACGCUGACGUAUACUAUUCUCGCGGGAUUGAGCAGUGUGGUAGUGCACCACAUUGAUGGCCCGCUGACAUCUGAUGCUGUAAGCCAAUUUGCGCUCUUCGCUCCGAACGUGGAAAGCGACACACCACCUGCUUAUGGUUUUCCACAAAAGCCAAAGCUGUUGUGGGUUUUGCAGAACGUCUCCGCUGGUGAGCUAAAGGAGCAAAUUCAGAAAAGUGAAUUGUCGCUUCAGGAAAUGGAACAGACGUAUUUAUGCAAUGCCUUGGCUACGCUCCCUGAUGGCUCGCCGUACGCACAGGCAACUAAGUUUUACGAAACGGCAUUUUCGGAUCAGAAGUGCUUUACUAUGCCCCAAAUAGGGAUAGAACUGUUUAAAAAACGUCUUGAAAAGCUUAUGCGAGUAUUGACUGACUCAAUCCAGAAUCGAUACUCAAAUGGUGUUAUUUUGACCGGCCCGCUGCUGGGAUCUAUCAUAGUGUCCAUGAUGGCUCAUAGCGACAAUGUUUACAAGACAUUUAAGGGCCCGAUAUGGAAGAAUUUGAUUUACAAUUGCUGUUACAGCAUGAUUGGAAAUGGUGUCAAACUCUACAAGCUCCGUAUGUUCGAAAGUCUGGGCAGCAUUGUCGACACAUCUGACCUGAUGGAAUUUCAGCCAGCAUCAUCAGCUGUCCAAAAUAACCAGCCGUCGAUCGAGCUGCCGUAUGAAAACGACGUCAUGAUUGAAAUACACAAUCGUGCAAAACGAGAAGCUAAGGCACAUUUGCGCUUGCUGCCCUAUCAAGCAGUCACACGCAGCAAUGUGUAUCAGAAAAUAUUUCUUUUAUUGAUUCGGUCAAUAUUUGCCACAGUCCAGGAAAAAAAUAAUCGCAUAUCGUUGGAGCAUUGCCAAUUAGUGCUUAAAACGCUUCAUCGAAGUAUGACGGAAAAAGUUGUUGCGCAUCUGAAUAGUGGGGAAGGAUACUCGUUUCAGUCGACUGAAGUAAAGCGCUUUUAUCAUCACUAUCAAACAUACCUUUUUGAUCUGAUAGGGCAGUACGCAGAUCAGGGACUAGGACCAGCAAAGAACGCGGAGCUUGCCAAGUUCAUGCACAAAACUAUCCAACCGCAACUUGCAGAUUUUUCAAUAAGUCUCGACAAGCUUCGUCAGCAGGAUACGAAGACGAUUGAAAAAAUGAUUGAAGAAAAGAAAAAGGAAGCCGAGAAUUUCAAUACGAGGCAAAGAAUGUUUCAGAAGGAGAAUUCGGACGCGCAAGGAGAUGUUAAGCGACAAUUGGUCAAUGUCGCGAAGCUUCAAGCGUUGCGGAAAGAUGCACUUGCUGGCGCUAUUGUUGAUCUGACCGAGAUGCAUAGCAUGGCCAUCAAGCAGAAGGAAUUGUUGGAAGAGGCUGCGUUUGCAUCGGUUCAACUUCCUGAACAAAAAGUUAUUGAAGCUGCACAGGAGAAAGAAGUGACUGAGCUGCAAGGUUAUUUAAUCAAGCAGGGCGGUGGUGGAAACGUUUUGAACCCCCUCCGGCGGAAGAAUUGGAAACAGCGGUACUUCAUACUUACUGGCUCCAAUCUUAUCUACGCAAAGUCAAAGGACGAUUAUGAGCGUGGAAAAAUCAUUAAGGAACUGUGUCUCACUGGUUGCAAGAUUGAUCCAUCUCGAGAUGCAGGCGAAGGCUUUGACAUCACGCCAGGUAAGUCGGCACACGUGUUUGAGCUGCAAAGGGGCUUGUUUGAAAAGAACAGCAAAAAACGUUCGUCGGCGGCAGAUAGUGGUCGCAUCUUCAAAUUGCGUACUCAGACUAUCCAAGAGCGCGACAUGUGGAUGGAAAAGCUUCGUCAAGCGGCAGGAGGUUACUAG